UAAGAUCCAGAUUUGUUCUUCAAACAAAAAAAAAUUCCAGAUUUGCUGAAGAAGAGACCACGAAGACGAGCGAGACCUAGUCACGUUCGGCAGCGACGGCGGCGUACGGUUAUCCUCCACCGCUCCCUACCUUCGGCCUCUCGCCCUCAUAUCUUAGAUUUCAUCAAUUUCUUCAUCUGGAUUGUCUUCAUUUGAUUUUUGAUGCUUAGAGAUAUAAAGAGAGCUGCUCAAUCUGUUUGUAAAUUAAGUCGAGGAAUUGGCCUGCAAAGAAAUGGGCCAAUUGGCUCAGUUGGAUCGAAUAUCCACCAGCGCUGGGUGUACAUGCAAUAUAAGUUUGCUAGUGAAGCACGUAGUUCAUUAUUGUGGCAUGCAACAAGGGAAAACUUUAACAAAUGCUGCUCUUUUAGAAGCUUUUCUGUAACUUCAGCUAGUAAUGGAGUCACACGUCAUUCUCAGAUUGCUUGGAAAAGGCUAUACAGAAAAUAUUGUUCCAGUGAUGAUGGUGCAUUUCCUCCCACCAUAUAUAUGAUUGCUCAGGCAGUGAGCUUGGCUUUGGCUCGUUCUUAUUUGCUAGUACCUGGUAUUUUUGCAUUUACAUGUGGAGAGCUUGCAUUAUCUCAGCGAAAUUGGGCAGAUGUAGAACGUUACCCUUCACAGAAUGGUUUGUAUAUGCGCGCACAAGACGGGUAUAAUUACAUGUUCACAUUUACAUUCAUGAUAUUAGAAGUUCUUAUCUUAUUAGUGAGGGCUCUAUAUCUAGGAAUACUAUUCUCUCCGAGCAUUGCGAUGGCACCAUUUGCAGAUUAUUUCGGACCUAAGUUUAGGAAACUGUGGCUCAUUGUUGUUCAUCGCACACUAGAAAAAUCUGGUCCUGCAUUCAUAAAAUGGGGUCAAUGGGCAGCUACACGUCCUGAUCUUUUUCCUCGAGAUCUAUGCACUAAGCUUUCAGAACUUCAUAUGAAAGCUCCUGAGCAUAGUUUCAGCUACACAAAGAAAACUAUAGAAAAAGCAUUUGGUCGAAAAAUUUCUGAAAUUUUUGACAAUUUUGAAGAAUUGCCUGUAGCAUCUGGAAGCAUCGCCCAAGUGCACCGCGCUUCAUUAAAAUAUCGUUAUCCUGGUCAGCAAGCAAAGCCAUUCUUGGUUGCCGUAAAGGUUAGACAUCCUGGUGUAGGAGACUCAAUCAGAAGAGAUUUUGCUAUCAUUAACUUUGUGGCAAAAGUUUCGAAGUUCAUUCCUGCUCUUAAUUGGUUAAGAUUAGAUGAGAGUGUACAACAGUUUGCAGUUUUCAUGAUGUCCCAAGUUGACCUUGCUAGGGAAGCUGCCCACUUGAACCGCUUUAUUUAUAAUUUCCGUAGAUGGAAGGAUGUUUCUUUCCCUAAGCCUGUCUAUCCGCUUGUGCACCCUGCUGUUUUGGUGGAAACAUAUGAAAAUGGAGAAAGUGUUGCACAUUAUGUUGAUGGUCUUCAAGGACAUGAACAUUUUAAAUCUGCUCUUGCUCACAUUGGGACUCAUGCACUUUUGAAGAUGCUUCUGGUGGACAACUUCAUUCAUGCAGAUAUGCAUCCUGGAAAUAUCCUUGUUCGACAGGGAAAGUCUCGCAAACGGCUCUUCAAAUCAAAGCCUCAUGUAAUUUUCCUUGAUGUAGGCAUGACUGCUGAACUUUCUGGCAGUGAUAGAGUAAAUUUAGUUGAAUUUUUCAAAGCUGUUGCCCGUCGUGAUGGCCGAACUGCAGCAGAAUGCGCACUCAGUUUAUCAAAGCAACAGAACUGCCCAGAUCCAAAUGCUUUCAUUGAGGAAGUGGAAGAGGCGUUUACAUUUUGGGGCACCCCGGAAGGUGACCUGGUUCAUCCUGCAGAGUGUAUGGAGCAAUUACUUGAGAAAGUUAGGCGUCACAGAGUUAAUGUUGAUGGCAAUGUUUGUACUGUCCUGGUGACGACCUUGGUUCUUGAGGGUUGGCAGCGAAAGCUUGAUCCUGGGUACAAUGUGAUGCAGACUUUGCAGACAUUGUUACUUAGAGCUGAUUGGGCAAAGUCUCUUUCUUACACAAUUGACGGACUCAUGGCCCCUUGAGGAGAUUUCCUUCUCUGUUUGAGGCUUCAAAUUUUGAACAUUCAUCUUCUGUCCUAAGGACUUUCUCACAUUUACCCAUUUUUUUUCUCUACAAAGUCUCCAUGUAAUUUUUUUUGUUUAUUUUCCAACAGUUAUUUUGUGAGCACCACAGUCAACAAGAAAAAUGAAAGUGGAAAGAAUAAAACGGUGAAUAUUUCCCUUCCCACUCCUUUUCUCUCAAUUGGACUUGUACGGUUGUACCCGCAGGAAGAAGCAAGAUAUAUAAAGGCAUGUUUUGUUA